GGGGGGGGCGGCGGCGGCUCCAAGAUGGCCGCGGUGUCGGUGUUCCCCGGCGUGCGGCUCCUCACCAUCGGGGACGCCAACGGCGAGAUCCAGCGGCACCAGGAGCAGCAGCCGCUGCGCCUCGAGGUCCGCACCGGCCCCGACAGCGCCGGCCUGGCGCUCUACGGCCAUGAAGACGUCUGCGUGUUCAAGUGCUCCGUGUCCCGCGAGACCGAGUGCAGCCGCGUGGGCAAACAGUCCUUCAUCAUCACGCUGGGCUGCAACAGCGUCCUCGUCCAGUUCGCCACCCCCACCGAUUUCUGUUCCUUUUACAACAUCCUGAAAAACUGCCGCGGCCACAACACGGAACGGUCGGUCUUCAGUGAGCGGACGGAGGAAUCCUCGGCCGUGCAGUACUUCCAGUUCUACGGGUACCUGUCCCAGCAGCAGAACAUGAUGCAGGACUACGUCCGGACGGGCACCUACCAGCGAGCCAUCCUGCAGAACCACAGCGACUUCAAAGACAAGAUCGUCCUGGACGUGGGUUGCGGCUCCGGCAUCCUCUCCUUCUUCGCGGCGCAGGCCGGGGCGAGGAAGAUUUACGCGGUGGAAGCCAGCACCAUGGCGCAGCACGCGGAGGUUUUGGUGAAAAGCAACAACCUGACGGACCGGAUCGUGGUGAUCCCGGGGAAGGUGGAGGAGGUGUCGCUGCCCGAGCAGGUGGACAUCAUCAUCUCCGAGCCCAUGGGCUACAUGCUCUUCAACGAGCGGAUGCUGGAGAGUUACCUCCACGCCAAAAAGUACCUGAAACCCAGCGGGAACAUGUUCCCGACGAUCGGCGACGUCCACUUGGCCCCGUUCACGGACGAGCAGCUCUACAUGGAGCAGUUCACCAAGGCCAAUUUCUGGUACCAGCCAUCCUUCCACGGCGUCGACCUCUCCGCGCUCCGAGGGGCGGCCGUGGACGAGUAUUUCAGGCAGCCCGUGGUGGACACUUUUGAUAUCAGGAUUUUAAUGGCCAAAUCGGUCAAAUACACCGUGAAUUUCUUAGAAGCCAAAGAAGGCGACUUGCACAGGAUAGAAAUCCCCUUCAAGUUCCACAUGCUGCACUCGGGGCUGGUGCACGGCUUGGCCUUCUGGUUCGACGUCGCCUUCAUCGGCUCCAUAAUGACGGUGUGGCUCUCGACGGCCCCCACCGAACCGCUGACCCACUGGUACCAGGUCCGGUGCCUCUUCCAGUCGCCGCUCUUCGCCAAAGCCGGCGACACGCUCUCAGGGACUUGCCUCCUCAUCGCCAACAAGAGACAGAGCUACGACAUCAGCAUCGUGGCCCAGGUGGACCAGACCGGCUCCAAGUCCAGCAACCUCCUCGACCUGAAAAACCCCUUCUUCAGGUACACGGGGACGACCCCCUCGCCCCCCCCCGGCUCCCACUACACCUCCCCGUCGGAGAACAUGUGGAACACGGGCAGCACCUACAACAUGAGCACGGGGAUGGCCGUCGCCGGCAUGCCCGCGGCGUACGACCUCAGCAGCGUUAUCGCCGGCGGCUCCAACGUCGGCCACAACAACCUGAUUCCUUUGGCCAACACCGGCAUCGUGAACCACACUCACUCCAGGAUGGGCUCCAUCAUGAGCACGGGCAUCGUCCAAGGCUCCUCCAGCGGCCAGAGCGGCGCCGGCUCCAGCACCCACUACCCCCUCAACAGCCAGUUCACCAUGGGGGGCCCCGCCAUCUCCAUGGCCUCCCCCAUGUCCAUCACCACCAACACGAUGCACUACGGGAGCUAAGGGGCUCCCCCCCCCCCGGGACUGCCAGCGCCAGGAAAACCAAAAACACCCGCCGCAGACCCCCCCCGGCCCGCGGCGGGGGCCGCCCAGGAGGAUUUUUGACCCUCCUACGAUAGACGAAGCCGCCCAGCCCACGCUCCGCCCGC